UCACUCAGCGCAAGCCCCGCCCCCCUGGUCGCCUCCGCUGGAAGGAACUCCAUUUCCCGUCGGUCUUCGCGGCGCGGAGUCGGAAGGCAGGCAGGCAAGAGAAGGAAGUGGCGGCUGUGGCUGGGUUUGUGACGGCCUCCGAGGGCCUCUUGCUGUUUGGCCCGGCCCCGGUGCCUCCCUCCUGGGCUGCGAGGGAGCGGAGGGCGGAGAGGUGCUCCUUCCUCGGCCUUUGGGCCCAGAGCCUCCCUCCCUCCGGAUGUCUCUGCCUCCGUCUCUCCGCUCUGCUCUCCAGCGGGUCUUCCGUGGGAUCCUGGCCGAGCACCGCGGGGCCUGGGAGGGGGCCCUCUCCGGCUGCGCUCCGCUCGUGGCCUCCCUGGGCAACGUGGCCCAACAGAUGCUGGCCCUGCGGAAGGCGGUGGCUCUCGGCCUCCUCGGCUCUUCUUCCCUGGGGGCCUUCCCGGACCUCCCCCGGAGGCUGAGUCAGAAGCACCGAGGGGCAGCGGAGGCCUUGCUGGCCCAGCUCCGGCAGGAGAAGCUGCCGGAGCUGCAGAAGGUGCGGGACGCAGCCGCCGUCCAUGUGGCCGAGGUCUGCCUGCUCUGCGAUGGACAGCUGGACGCACUGGGCCUGGAGGCCUCCUUCCAGCGGAGCCCCCUCUGCCCCUCCCUGGCCGACAUGAUGGAGUGGCUCCUGGACAUCCAAGCCUUCUACCAACGGACAUACCUGGAGGCCAAGCUGCUCCUUCUGCAGGUCAGGUAUGAGAACCUGGAGGAGAUCCAAGCCCUUCCCAAGGCCUGGGAGCAGGUGAUGCAACGCGGCCUGCAAAGCCCAGUUGAAGAUGCCCUGCUGAAGGUCUCUUUCUUCCUGGAAGAAGCCGCAUGAGGAGAGAGGCAGCCUGGUGCCCCUGUUACUUGCAGCUGAAAGGUGUGCGCACCUGGAUUCUCUCUGGAACAGGCAGUUCUCCUUGGAGGUGGGAAGUCGAGAGCGAGUGCAAAAGGGAGCUGCAUGGAUCAUUGCCUUUUGCGUCAGCCACCUCCGCUUCUGGGGCUAAAUGGGAUUCGAUUCUCUGGCCUCCAGUUGUCCAAGGCAAAGAGGGAGCAGGAGGGACAGGCUGGGCAUAGAUCUGUGCUCUGGCUUUGCCAUGAGGUUGGUACCAGGGAUCAGUGGCAGAAGGGAGAUGUUUUUUCUGGGCAUGGCCAGGCUGAGGGUUUGCCUUUUGCCUGCCUCCUUUCACUCCUUUGGCCUUGCAUUCUGUCCACAUCGUUUCAAGGGCAGCAUCAAUUUGUAAAGUCCUAGGAUUGUCACUGCAGUUGCUGCCUCUGUUCUGUGCUGGACAUAAAGAACAGAGAAAAGGCCGUAGUGGGUCAGACAUGCUCUCCAGCCGGUUGCCUGUGGGAAGCCCACCAGCCGAAUGUGUCUUGAGGGUCAAAAUGCCACUGACAUUUGCCUAUGGUACGCAUUUCCAUGUUUCUGUGCCUCUUUAAUUGCCUUGCCUCUACAGCCUGUGAUUUGUAGUUUGGUAAGGGACUUAGAAGUCACCAAGCUGUCCCUCGGAAGAGGGGGAGUGAGGAUUAGAUAAGUACUUUGGGAGUUGGUAGUUCAACACAAUGAAAGUGGGGUCAAGUGGCACAAAGCAUCUCUUCUUUUCCUGCUACUUUUGCAGCAUUUUAAAGCCGACACAAUAAAAGCCAAAAUUAUUUUGCACAGUU